CAAAUAUGACAAAUAUUUAUUGUGAAUGCCGUAGUGAAACGCAGAGAACGUAUAUUGAUACGUCACGUUCUCUGUGAAACGUAUGUAAAAACCCAAAAUGUCAAAAACGGAAACAAUUUCGCCUGUCGGAUGUUUUCCAGUUACAUUUUCUCUUGCAUUAUUGACCGAUUUUUCUUUUCAACGGCAAGUGAAGCAAGUUAAUUUUAGGUAAUUUCGCGAAUUUGAGCGUCCGGAAAAUGUUCUAUUGUUAUUAGAUUACUGCCAAAAAUGAGUGAGAAUAAUAAUGUGGGGGAAAUGCCUCCUCCAUUGUUGCCGCUAUCUGAAACUGAGCCUUCCGCUGACGGUACCGUGUCAGAACUGAAAACCAUAGAUGUCGAUUCUAAAUCAGCAGCACAUAGUGCGGCACUAUCGUCGGGAUCAAAAAUCACAGCCGUUCAAUCAAAAUCGAUAGCAGCGCCCACACAAACGACAACAGCCGCAUCAUCCACGUCUUCAACGCCGGCUUCAUCGAUUACCGGUGGGCCGACCAGCCGUUUGCGGGCGCCAACUAACUACAGUGGCGAUGCGACGGGCGGUACUUCUAAAAUUGGACGUCUAUGCUGCUCACACGCAACCCCAAAAUCCGGACCACCACCAAGAGAUACGAAAAGCAUGAGUCGUGAAAGCGAUGACAACUUAAGCUCGAUUAAUUCAACGUACACAGAUCUGUAUCAAGAGACUGUAAAGCGCUUUACACGCUCCUCACUUUCGCCAGAAAUGGACCACUACACAUCGUCACGUAAUUCAACCAAAUCGACAACGACAUCCCAGAAAUCCGGGGAUGGGGAUCGCCGCACCUCUUUCGAUUUGUAUCUUGAGGCCACAGGUCGACGCCGCAGUUCAGUUUUUUGUCAGUUUCAUUUAGCUGUGCACAUAUGCCAGUUGCUGCUGCACCAUUGCGCUGUCAAUGCCAACGAAUUGCGGGUGUACGCGCCUUCGCAACGCAUUUGCAUCGCUGCAACAGAUCUAAAAUCACGAAUUGUUCACUUGGAGCGCUUACUGGAUGAUGAACGUAAGAAAUCAGAGGACUUGCAAUUUUCUAUCGAUGAGGCCACAUACUGUGGCAACGAUGUGCAAACCCAUGUGUAUAAGGAAAAAAUCCAAUUGCUAGAGAAAAAAUUGUCAGAACUUUCAAUAGCUACCAAAUCUACACCGUCCGCAGAAGAUACCGCUGCUGCCGUUGCUUUGGCUACAGAAGCGACUACUGCCAAAAUAUCCGAACUUGCCGUCCAACUCCAACAACAAAAGGACGAGUAUGAAGGACGACUUGCUACCUCUGAUGAUGAGCACAAACGAUUGCAUGAGAACAUAGAAUACCUGCGAAACGAAAAUGAGACAUUGCAAAAGGAGCUGGUGGAGAAAGAUGAGAGCUUGGAGAAAUUUUCGCUAUCAGCGUGUGGCAUACAAAAUCUGCGACAUGAAUUGGAUCUGCUUAAGGAAGAAGCCGAGAAGGAGCGCCAACAAUUGCAGGCCGAUUUUGCGCUUAAACUGGGGGAAACGGAUUUGUUGUUAGACACGCUACGCGCCGAAAUAACAGCGCAGAAAAAUUCGCUUACAACGCUAGAAAGCGAGCGAUCCAAUGUUGAAGAUGAAUGCGAAAUCCUCCGUACCGAGUGCAAAAAUCGUGAUACACAGCUGCAGGAUAUUAACGAACAAUUGGCAAAAUUGAAGGCGGAGUACAGCAUGCAGAAGGCAGAGAAUGCGACAUUGGAGGAACUGUUGAAGACGCAACAGGCGGGCUUUUUGCAGGCGAAGACGCAGUUGGAAGAAAAUCUAUUAGAAAUGGAGAAAUUAAAUGGGAAUAUAGUUAGCUUGCAGGAGGUGAAGGAACUGUCAGAAACGCAGCUGAAAACGGCCAAUGAAGAAGUAAAACGCUUGACUGAGCUGAAGAAGAGUUUCGAGGAGAAGUUGCAGGCUGCGACUAGCGCCGAUCAAGAAAAGCUAGUGGGCAUAACGCAGCUGGGUAUGGUUAUGGAAGAAUUGAAAAAACAGAUUAGUGAAAUUACAGUGGAAAAUGAAAAGCUAAAGGCCGAACUGAAGAAGCAACAGGAAGCCAACACUGUCGCCAAUUCUUCAGAAGCAGAGCUGCGAAAACUGUUGGAAGAAAAGGAAAGAAUGUAUAGAGAGCAACUUAAGGAGUUAGGAAAGACAAGUACGAAUCUGGAAGAGCAACUGAAAGGCGAGCAACAAAAAUCGCAGGCAAGCUUAACAGAAAAGCAGAAGGAGGUGGAGGCUCUCAUCAUUGAAAUCACCCAACUGCAACAACGCGUAAAGAGUUUGGAAAGCGAUUCAUCGGCAAGUGUACAACAAUUAAGCUCCAGAAUCAUCGAACUCGAAUCGCAAACAAGACGGCUCGAGGACGAUGUCAAAUCUAAGGAAGCUGCGUUGAAAGAAAAAACAGAGGCACAUGCGCAGCAGGAGCGUCUACUUGCUGAGAAAAUCGAAAGUUUGAAUUCGACCUCAACUGCGUUAGGCACUACAAAUAAUCUGGCGAGCAAACUGAGGCAGGAACUUGAGGCAGCUUUAACCAAUUGCGCUGAGUUUGAGGCCAACAGCAAGACACAAGGUGAGCUCUGCGCUAGCCAAAAACUUGAAAUCAGCGAUAUGACACGCAAAUUAGAUAGUCUAAGCACAAAAAGUGAUAUGCUGCAGACACAUAACGAAGCGCUGGAGAACGACGUACGAGCCGCGCGCUCGAACUGCACCGAGCUUCAGUCCGACCUGCGAAGACUUAAUGAAGAACUUGCCACACGUCAAAAGCAUUUACUCGAAUCACAAACGAACAGGAACGAUGAACGAUUGAAAUUAGAAAUCCAGCUAGAAGAGAUCAACCAGAAAUUAUUGACGACAACGAAACAACUGGGAGAAUCCCACGUAAUUUUGGAACGAACCCGCAACGAACUAUCAAAAAAGAACGAACAAUUGGCUAUUUUCGAGGAGAAGGCGAUCAAGCUAGAGCUGGCACUCAGUGACGGUCAACGGCAAUUCGAGAAUUUGCAAGGUAAAUAUGAAUCGCUGGCCACACAAAAUAAGGCACUGGAGGAAGACUUGAACACGCUGCGUACAACGUCCACUGACUCGAAUAGUGAGCUGUUGAAAAUAACACAGCAAGCGGCAGCAAAACAGAAAGCUUACGAUGAACUUUUAGAUAAAACAAACACGGAGCGCGGCGUUCUCCAGGGGCAGCUUCAGGCGAGUCAACAGCGCAUCGAUGCCUUGUGCAGCCAAGUAGAAACGCUUACACAGGAGAUGAAAAUCGCGACAGCGGAUAGCUUUAAGCGAAAUGAAUUACUCAAGCUGGAGCAAGAAAAGUGCGGCAAACAGGAACUCGAACUGGGCGUAUUAUCACGCAAGCUUGAGGCGCUCUUUUCAAAAUACACUGGGUUAGAAGCCGAAAAUAAGAAACUUCAGCAGGAUUUGGAUUUCUCGCAGGACGGCUCGACCACCCUAAAUGAAGUUGUAACAAAACUGAACAAUGAGCUUACUAAGAAUAAGAAAUUGCUGCAGGACCUUACAGAUAAGUCAGCCGCAGAAUGCCUCCAAUACGAAAAUCAGGCGCAAGAAUUAGAACAGCGUCUUCAAACAAGUAUUCAGGAUGCGGAUGGGCUGCGCAGUCAGCUGCAAGUGACAGUGGAAUCAAAAACUGCACAGGCUAAAGUGUUUGAAGCGCUACAAUCAAAACUUCAGACUCAGUCAGCACAGCAGUUGAGAGAUUUAGAAGAGAAGGAAGCUGGAGAGCGGAAUAAGAUUAUCGAAAAUUUCGAAGCGCAGCUCAAAAGU